CGAGUCGAGGCGGGACUGACUGCAAGCACCGCCACACCGCCACACCAAAGACGGAAGACACACAAUCAAGACAAUGAUCCUCUACCGGUACCAUGCCUCCAAAGACGAAACAUAAGGUGCAGAAGCAACGGCAGCAGAGUCCUACAAGAAAUAUCACUGCCAGUGGCAAACGAUCUCUGACAUUGCUUCAAAUUCUGGUGGCUUUAUCGUUGGGAUUGGCGUUAGUCCAUACCCUGACCCUGCUUUCACACGGUCACGCCUUGGUAGAACAAGAGAGCGAUGCCUUUGCUUCUCGACACAAGAAGGAUUUUCUACAACAGCGAGGCAGCAAAAACUCAUUAGCAUCGUUGACAGACACUACCAAUGACCGCCCCGUGUUGCGCCACCUCAAGAUUUUGGUAGCAAUUGCCUCGUUUGAUUUUCGCCAAGUCCCUCAUUUGGAAGAAACGCUGGAUGGGUAUCACGAACUCUGUGUGGCCGGUGCCAAACAAGUCGAUGUGACGGUCCAUACUACUGUGGUCUAUCCCGUAGUCUGGUUGGAUUUGUGGAGGACCCGAUUUCCUUGUGAGAAAUUUCAAUUGACCUUUUCCAUUGAAAACAAAAGUCAUCGAUUGCAUUUGGUCGAUCUUCAUCGUCAUUUAUUCUAUGAACAACUCGACAAUUACGAUUUAUUCAUUUAUACCGAAGAUGAUCACAGAAUAUCACCCACCACGGUGGCCACGUAUUGGCAGGAAACACUGGCAUUACAGGCACUUCUAAAUGAUGAUUAUACCCUCUACAAUAUUGGUUUGGUCCGAUACGAAUACAACUUUCCAUCGGCCAUUAUCAACGACAAGACACGACAUGCCACGGAAAAUGUCACUCGCGUCUAUUGGGAACAUUCCUGGCCAUUGGCACAACACAAACCCAUUCUUCCCAAUGCCGCUUCUCCACUCACGCAACUCAAUUCUGCAAGUACAAAUGGACAAUAUUACAUUCACAUGACGAACCAUCAUCAAGGCAUGUAUUUGGCCACGCGACAACACCUUCAAACCUGGCGAGACUUGCCAAAUUGCCAAUUUGAUCAACCUCAAAAUCGACCGGGAUACGGCAAAAACAAUCGACAGCCGCUUUUGGGCACACAACGGGUCUGGAUGUCCAGUUAUCAAUUGUACGAAAAGAAAUACUGCAACGUCCAACAAGUAUUGCCCGUCGACAAAUUCGGUGCCUUGACCAUUCAUCACGUUCCCAACAAGAAUUAUCGACGCAAAAAGGGUGGUCAGACCGUAUUGGAUUAUGGUAAUAGUUCAUCAUUACCCAUGCAAGUACAACAAGGAGGAGCACCACAAUUGAUUACUGCCUUGCGAUUGCACUUGGCCAUGCGACAACAAUGGCCCCUUGCACCGCAACGUCCCUAUCGGGGACCCAUUCAAAUGGUCGAUCACGUCACACGAGAACGCACCACGGUAUUAGAGGAACGAUUGAAAGCCUGGCGCAACUAUGUGGCACGAGGGGGUGUCUUGUCGGAAGCCGAUAUGGAACAAACCAAUUUGAUCGAAUGGUCCGAACGAUUGGAACGUAUCCAGGAACUGGAACAUCGCAAACAACGCGCUCAAGAAAUCAAAAAACGACAAAACAGGGGUUGAUACCGGUAGGACACUCUAGUUUGAGCUUGGUCGUAAUCUACGAUUGCCGAUCCGAGGAUUGGAAAACUCAUCUACUGAACGAUGAUACAGCGACUGGGCGUAUCGAAAGAACAGCAAAGGGCUUAGACAAUCAAGUUAGAGCCCAAACGAGAGAGAGAGAGGUCAACAAUUUUCCAAGAUGUUGAGUGGGCUCAUUCAGAUUUGCCUAGAUGGUGGGUGAACUCAUUCAGAUCAUGAAGAACCUCUGUGUUCUGGAAGCGAUCCCCAUUUGUUCUUUCUUCUUCCGAUGAUGGCUCUCGGAGGGACGAUCGAUGCGGCAUGUUCCUGCGAAACACUGACCUAAUCAAUCGACCCUACAAUCAGUUAAGCUAACCAGCAAGAAGAGCCUGUUUUGCUCGCUAAUUCUCUAGUAGUUCAAUCCUCCGGUCUUGU